UUUGGUUGGUUUCUUAAAGAACUUAAAAAGGAAACUUUCUUUCUUACAAUUAUUUAUUAUCAAAAGAACGUUCAAAGUGUGAAUUACUCGUACUCUCGAUAUGAAAUUUAUUUUGUUGAGUUUUUUGUUGGUUUGCAUUUUUGCAUCAGCACUUGGAGGAGAUGGAUGUACUUUUAAAGGAAAAAGUCUUGAGGUGGGAGAGAAAUAUGCUCCACCAGGAAAGUGUGCAAUAUAUACAUGUGAGGGACAAGGUCAUAUGAGUGCUGUAGGUUGCCCAUCUUCUGAAGCCCCACUUAAGUGCAAACGAAUUCCACAAGAUAAUUCUAAGAGUUAUCCAGAUUGUUGUGAACGUUUUGAGUGCCCCUAGAAAGCUGGAAAAAUCAAAUUGAAAACAUCUUUUAAAUUGGGGAAUAAAAUAAUUGUUUAAAUUGUUUACAGUUAAAUUAAAUAAAAACUAUUUGUGUGUAUGUUCCAAUUGAA